AGGAAGUGGUGCUGACUGAACCCAGACAACAGAUCGUGGUGAGGUGGAAGAAGUGACUGAGAUGGCAGAUUUGUCGUUGUAUUUAACCAAUGUCAACGUCUCACUUGGACAAACUAUGGAAACUGAUAAGAGUCUUGGAGGGGCAACAGACUUUGAGAGGGUGGAGAUGGGAGACUCAGUGGGCAGGCAGGGCAGGGUGAAGGUUCCCCGCAGGACCAUCUUCUUUGCCAGUGGAGAGACCAUGGAGGAGUACAGCACUGAUGAAGAGGAUGAAGUGGAGGCUCCUGCAAAGAGAGAUGCUGUUACUGUAGAUCCGUCGAAACUGACCUGGGGUCCAUACUUCUGGUUCCACCUUUGGAGAAUGGGCACCUCCACUAUAUCAGUGUGUGACUACAUGGGAGAGAGACUGGCCUCUCUGUUUGGCAUCACUACUCCUAAAUACCAGUAUGCUAUCGAUGAGUAUUACCGCAUAAAGAAAGAGGAGGAGGAGGAAGAGGAGGAGAAUCGUUUGGCUGACAUGGCGGAGCGUCGGUUUGCGGAGCAGCGGAGAGGCGAGCAGGAUGAUCCUGCUACUGUGGAGCAGCCAGAAGCAUCUGGAGCCUCCUUUGUAAACAUUAGCUUUGAGCUGGAACCUGAACCUUCUCUCAACACUGCAGACACCAACAGAGUCCCUUCUCCCCUUCCCUCCUGAAAACUGACACGCACAGAAAAACCACAAACACUCACAUAUUUCUAUCUGUUGGCAAAAACCUUAAUUUACUUAGCUGUAUAGAUUAAUAAUAUUGUUAUUUUUCUAUGUUUUUAUUUUAUAAAAAGAGAACCUAGUAAACAGUGCAGGGAAAAUUUAAAAGGGCUGUGGAAGUGACUGCACUAGCCUUACCAGUGAAUGUACAUUUGUGUAUAGUUUUGAAAUCAUAUGCAAGACCUUCAUGCAUCAUUUAACUAUUUGUUGACCUUACUUGGGCUCAACUCACUUUGAAUUGCUAUCUGGUGACAAAGUGAUACAAAUGCUGGAUCUUACAUGAAACAGUAAUCAACAACACGAACAGACAUUUCCAUUUAGGCGAAGGCCUGAUACUGGCACUGCUCAGCCAUUUCUGCUCUCAGUCUCUUUCAUUGCUUCUUUACUCGGACAUCAUUGCCUACGCCUGACGUGUGCAUUUGCAGAGUAAUAAAGCUCGGUAGUUUUUGACUCCUAAGCUAUAAAGUUAAGCAGGGAGUGAUGCCAUCAGUAGCUAGAACUAAAUAAACAUUUACAGUUUCAACAUAAUAUUCAACACAAAAUUGCAGCUUCAGCCUUUUAGUAGUUGUGAAUACCUUCUCAAGACUUCUGUAGCUUCCUGCUAUUUGAACACCUGUACUAUAAUAUGUUGAGUUAUCAACUAGGGCUGGCUUAUCGAGGAGCUACAUUCAUAGCAUUCAUUGUUUCCCUACUGAGCAUAAGAUAUGCCUGCUCAUACGUAACGUAAUGGUGCUAUUACAUCUUUAUUAAGCAUCAUUUACUUCCUUGUAUGGCCCUUCUGGUAAGCAUAACUUGGAAUUCAAUGGUAAUAGCACAAGAGAAACUGUCCAGUAGUUCUGACUGUAACUUCAAUAUAAACCUCAAAGAAAUGUUGUAAUUGUAGUUUCUGUGAUGAUACCUAUAUCGACUGACAAACAGAAACAUCUUGUAGUGCUAAUUGUCUUCUGUAGCAAAUGCCAAAAGGGCAACUUUAAGCCAAUAUAGAUUUACAAUAAUAAAAUGGUAGUUCUCAGAUUUAUUGAUAAUUGGUGGCAUGUAAAGUUGACCAUAUACAGUGCUACUACCUUCAUGUGUUCAGGGCUCAUUCUUUAAGUGUCCUUGUGGAAGCCUUUCAUAUGAGUGUUUAACUGCGCAGCGGGCGUAACGCUGAGACUGAGCUAUCAUAAGCUUCUUAUUGAUUAUUUUUAUCCUCUGACAUGGCUGUGUGGUGACAGACCUCAGAGUGGCUCUUAAAAUGAUCCAGCACAGGAAUAGAUGUUUAAAUGUUUUUCUAGAUAAUAAUAAUAGUUCUAAUAAUAAUAACUUUAUUUCAAUAGCACUUUUCUAAACCAGUGUUACAAAGUGCUUUACAAUACAAUACCAUACUAUAUAAAAUAAGAAAAUAAAAUGUACUGACAAAGGAAUCCCAACAUAUCAGACCACAAGUAGUAUAUUAAAACACUUGGUGGGUGAAUGUCUUUCACUAGUCAAUGAAGGAUAUUAUUCAUGCUUUUUUUAUGUGCAAAAAGGGCCAACAUAAUAUGCAAAAGUUACUUUAACAAACCUUUAAUGGAUCUGUAUAUACAUAUUUAUAUUUUCCGUGUUAAUAAAACCUUUAAACAUUCAAAAA